AUGGGUUUGUUGAAUGUGGGGCCUGGCCAGAAUAAGCCCUCUAAAACGGCCUCCGAGGCCCCUCCCCUUACGUAUCUCCCGAGAAACAAGCACAGCGCCCCCCGAGGUGACCUCUGGGAUUCUCUCCGCGUCCUCCUGCACUCACUUACGCUUCCCAAGCUGGCUCCGGUUUCCAACCUGUCCUGUAGUGUGGAAGACGCGACCACACAGUCAUGUAGGCCCUCGGUCAAAUGGGACCUAGACUUGCCCCCGGAUUAUGAGAUCCCAGCCAAGGCGACCACCAGUUCCGCUGCCACCUGCGGCUCGGACUUCCGGCGCGACAAGCUCGAGCGCCGGCAGGAAAUCAGUACACGGUUCGGUCCGCAGGUCAUCUUCAUGCCGCCGCGGACCGUCUACCACCCGGUACUCUUCAGCUUAAUGAAUUGCACUGAAGCAGCUGUGAAAAAAGUCUUACCCAAGAGUCGUUUAUCUCAGGUGAUCAUGCGUGAUAACCUCUAUGCCCAGCGAACCUAUGAGUUGCAGGAGAAAGCUUUGGAGAAGGCCAAGAAAAAGACAAUCCAAUGGUAUGAACAUCUGAAAAAAAAGUUCAUAACAGACCAGCUGAGGAAGCUGGGGCACUGGAGACAGGAAUCCAUGAAAAUUCAGCCAUACUUGGAUAGCUUGAGGGCAUAUGAAAUCCAGUUGAAACUGCAAUUUUCCAAGAACAGGCAGCCAACCUAGUCAUGGCAAUGAUCUGCACCAUGGCCACAGUGACAUCAACUAGACCAGGGGAGAACUAGAAUGAGCCAGCUUACACAAGCAUAGACCAAUAAAGCAACACCACAGGCAGCGGGGACACAAAAAACUCUCAGCAUUUGUAAUUUUCUCUUCCCUACCCUUCUCCUGUAUUUCUAUGAAAGAGGUCCCUAUAGUCCCAUUGGUGCUUGAGAGGA